UAACGGAUCAUGUGACCAAUCGGAGCGGACUGAAGGGAAGGAGCCGUUGUUACCGGCUGUCAGCUGCCUCUUUCACUCUGAAGGCACCGGGGGAGGAGGACCAAAAUGUGCACCAGCGUCCAGCCUGUUGAGUGGACCACCGACCUAAAGAACCAGAACUUUGAUGGCAUCGUGUUGGUGACUCAGAGCCAUGACACACUGCCCUCCGAGCUCGACUGCUUGAAAGCACCGCUGCAGGACUACAGCUCUGUGGACAGUGGUCUGGGGGAGGAGGUGGUGGUCCUGAAGGUCCCUGGUCUCCCUGGUAACCGUAUGGUGUUUGCCUCCACCGGCCCAGUAAACCGCGACUAUGAUGACAUCAGGCGCUUCAGUGAUGCAGCUGUCAACGGCAUCAAAAGGGCCUUGAAAGCAGGCAUGCAGCGCCCCCUGCUGGUUUGCCCUCCACACGCAGACUACAAGAACAGCACUUUGGUGGCUGCACUCGGGGCCCUUCAUGCUCUCUACAUGCCGCUGGAAGUGAGAGAGGGGAACGUCAAACCCACCGACUACAAGGUGUGUGUUUUGGGUCUGUGGGCAGCACAGGAGGCUCAGGGAGAGAAACUGGUGGAGCUAGCUGACGCUCUUGAGAGUGGGAGACUGGCAUGCCGUGACAUCGGUGGCUCUGACCCUGAACGUAUGGCUGCUCCUCGUGUGGCUGAUUACGUCCAGGAACUCUUUAAGAACAGCCCUGUGCAGGUGGAAGUGGUGAGCGACGUGAAGGUUCUGGAGAAAGAGUAUCCCUGUCUGGCUGCAGUCAACCGAUGUGCCGACUGUGUGCCUCGUCACCAGGCCAGAGUCAUCAAGCUGCAGUACUGCGGAGAGGGACCAGUCCAGCAAACGCUCAUGUUGGUGGGAAAGGGCAUCACCUACGAUACUGGCGGAGCCGACAUCAAGGCCGGUGGAUUCAUGGCUGGGAUGCACAGGGACAAGUGUGGAGCUGCUGCUGUGGCCGGCUUCUUCCAGAUUUUAGCCAAGCUGAAGCCAAAACAUCUGAAGGUUGUCGGCUCCAUGGCCAUGGUGAGGAACAGCGUCGGCGCAGACUGCUACGUGGCCGAUGAGCUGGUGGUUUCCCGCGCUGGUCGCAGAGUGAGAGUGGGAAACACAGAUGCAGAGGGACGCAUGGUGAUGGUCGACCUGCUCUGUGAGAUGAAGGAGAAGGCGGUACGUGAGACGUCUCCUCAGCUGUUUACUAUCGCCACUCUGACUGGUCACGCCAUCAGAGCCAUGGGACCUAACUACUCUAUCAUCAUGGACAACGGACCGGCCCAUCGCAACAAAAACGCUGCUCAGUGGCAGAAAGCUGGAGAGGCUCUGGGCGAUGUGUUCGAGGUGUCCAGUAUCAGACGAGAGGACUACGAAUUCCACAAGGGAAAGUCUGAGUAUGAGGACAUUCUGCAGUGCAACAACCUGCCGUCCUCGGCUACACCUCGAGGACAUCAGACCCCUGCAGCUUUCCUCAUCAUGGCCUCAGGGCUCGACAAGCAUGGUGUGGACUCCAACGCGCCCCUGCCGUACUCCCACAUUGACAUCGCCGGUUCCAGCGGUCCCUUCCCUGGUAUCCCGACAGGAGCCCCCAUACUCGCUAUGGCAACCAACUACUUCCUGCCCGACCUUCUCUAAACAGAUACCCUCAGUACAGAAACACCAGUCUCUGCGCUGACUGCCAACGCAAAUUUGUAACCGUCCAAAUAGAAAUCAAAUCUCUGCCACAUCUCAAUGCAAAGUGUCUAAUUUUUUACGUCUGACAUUCCUUAAUACCUCAGAUUGCUGCGAGAAUGUUCUCUGCUCUCUUUUCUAAGAUCUUGUAACGUUCAUCCUGCCUGCACCAAGUAUCUAACGACCCUGUCCUGAAGUGGCCUGAAUCAACAUGUAUACUCAGGGGUUAAAUGGCAGUAUAAACAUACCAUCCUUUUUAUAUGUGUGUCUGUAUGUCUGCGACAAACUGAGGACGUGGUUGUGUGAUUAGUGAUGCUUUGUGUCAGUCAAAACAAGUAAUUCUCAUUGAUCAAUAAAACAAAAUCAAGAUUUAAAA